UCCUCACCUCCACAAUGAAGUAAAACCUUAUCCAUCCAUUCAACCAAACAUUCAAAUGCACAUACUUGCAAUAAACUGUACCUACAUGGACAUUAUAUAAACAAGCUCAAUGAAUAGGAAUAGCAAAUGUUUUUCUAUCUCGUCUCUUGAUAAAAGUCACACAGAAAGUGAAAAUUUCCUAAGUGUCAAACACCCAGCAAUAUUCUAGUAGAACUUAGAACUUCAAAUCAAAGCACCAUCACCUCUCAGUUUACCAAAAGGAGCUAUUCUUGCGGAAAAAGAAAAAAAAAAAAGAAAAAAAAAUCUACUAUCUAUUCUCUCUCCUACACAUCAAUUCUGUAUCUUGCCAAAGGACAUUCACAUGUCUUUGUUUCUUGUGAAAAAGAUAAACUUCUUUUUGCUUACAGUAAGAUCUCCACUAACUGCUGCCUCUCAUUAUCCACUCAUCUUCAACUAUGUGAUAACGCUUUGAAAGCUAUUCACAGCAAAACAACUAUUCGUAAAGAAAGCCUAUGUUGAUUUGGAACUCUUUGUCUCCAAAGUUUACCAUGAAUCCCAUGAUUUUCUUUGUCAUUUCGUCUUUGUUUUUUAAUUCACUCUUUCUGGAAGCCGAUCCAGCAAAAACAAAUUCCCAGAUCAUUGUAAUGGGUUUCGUUUAUUGUGAUAUCUGCUCCAACAACAGCUUCACCAGGCACAGCUACUUCCUACCAGGUGCAGAAGUUAAAAUAGAUUGCAUGUUCAAAGCUAUCUCCAGGAAAACCAUAGAAGAGAUAUCAAUCUCAGUGAAUAGAACUACAGACAAAUUUGGAAUUUACAGGUUGCAAAUACCAUCGGUUGAUGGAAUUAAAUGUGCAGAAGAUUCAGCAGUGGUAUCUUCUUGCCAAGCAAGCUUAAUGUGGAGUACAUCUUCUUCAUGCAAUAUUCCUGGCUACAAGACUACCUCUGAUGAAAUAGCAAUCAAAUCAAGACAAGCCAAUCUCUGCAUCUACAGCCUGAAUGCAAUGAAUUUUAGACCGCCCAAAAGAGAGGUCACCUUAUGUGGAAACUGAAAAAGGAGUUCUGAAUAAUCUUUCCUCCUUGCUUCUUCCACUUUGUUUUUUCUUUGCUUCCUUUAUAUGUUUCCUUUAUAAUACAUCAAACCUCAUCCUCCAGACGCCAUAAUGGCUCUUUUUAUUCCCAUGUACACAGAAUCCAAGAAUCCCAUCCUUGGAUACUCAUCCCAUCUCAUCAUUGAGAUAAAAGUCUCAUAUUUUCUUUACUGCAAUACUUAUUGUUUGUUUGAGUUUAUACUUGGUUUCCAGAAUGCUUGUAAAGUUUGGUUGCAAGAAGAAAAUUGAUUUGCCACUGUUUAUAUUG